AUGCGAGAACGGCUCGGGAACGAUCAAGAGCUCUGCGACAAGCUGAUUCCACAUUAUGAGCUUGGAUGCCGACGCGCAACGCCGGGCGAUGGGUAUCUCGAGGCUCUACGUGAGAAUAAUGCGAGGGUUAAUAUCAAUCCAAUAAUCCAAAUUACAGAAUCUGGGAUUCAAACAACCCAUGAGCACACCAAAUUCGAUAUCAUCGUCUGCGCAACUGGAUUCGAUGUUAGUUACCGCCCCUCAUGGACCGUGCAAGGGCGGAAUGAACAUCAACUCAAUCUCGCAUGGAGUGACUCGCCAGAAGCAUAUUUUGGGAUCGCAGCGGCCAACAUUCCAAACUAUUUCAUCUUCAAUGGUCCCAAUAGUCCCGGUAAGCGUCCCCUUGCCAGUAAAUGGAAUAUCACUCACGGCCAGCAGUGGGUCAUGGCUCUCUCCUAG